AUGAGCUUGGUGCCCCUCGCAGGUUUCCCGCGUUGCUGCAGUGGGUUGACUGCGUCGAAGCCGGAAAACUCAGGCAGGGCAGACGGCGCCAAUCCAAACUCCAAUAAGGAGGCCGUGAAGCACGACCAAGUACGUGAUUGGUCAGAGCUCUACGCCGCGCAUCCUUCUCAGUACGAGUCAGCCCCAGCUACCACGCGGCCAAAUGUGCUGCGUUAUCCCGCCGACACAACGAGCGCAGACUUUCAGGGAAAUCUGAAACGCAUGGAGGAGCUGACCGCGGAGCUGCGCCGUCGCGUACAGGUGGUGAUUAAUGGAGACUCCACAGCGGAUCGCCGAGCACGCGAGCGACACGUUAGUCGCGGAAAGUUGCUGCCGAGGGAGCGCAUCGAAAAACUGAUUGACCCCAUGUCGCCCUUUCUGGAACUCUCCCAGCUUGCUGGACAGGAAUUGUACCCUGGCGAGGCCUGCCACUCGGGUGGUAUUCUCACAGGCAUUGGCGUUGUGCAUGGUAUCCGUGUGAUGAUUGUGGCCAACGAUGCCACUGUGAAGGGCGGGACCUAUUAUCCGAUUACCGUGAAAAAACAUUUACGGGCGCAAAAAAUUGCCUGGGAAAAUCAUCUACCGUGCAUUUACCUGGUGGAUAGCGGUGGUGCUAAUCUGGGUCGACAAGAUGAAGUGUUCCCGGAUGAGCAACACUUUGGUCGCAUUUUCUUUAAUCAGGCCAACAUGUCUUCUAAAGGGAUUCCGCAGAUUGCCGUGGUUAUGGGAAGCUGCACCGCUGGAGGUGCCUAUGUGCCGGCCAUGUCGGACGAGAGUGUCAUUGUGAAGGGCAAUGGGACGAUAUUUCUUGGGGGUCCACCACUUGUUUUUGCUGCCACUGGAGAGAAGGUGACUCCGGAAGAACUGGGUGGGGCCGCUGUGCACUGUCGGACAAGUGGUGUAACGGAUUAUUUUGCAACGGACGACCUUCAUGCGUUGUACCUAACACGGCGUAUUGUAAGAAAUCUAAAUCGGACGGACGCUGCAAAGGAUGUGGAGAGUGACCCCUUUAGGGCUCCCUUGUACGAUCCGAAAGAGAUUGGAGGCUUUAUACCUGACAUGUCCGCGGGAAUUAUGAAGAGUUUUGACAUACGUGCUGUGAUUGCGCGUCUCGUUGACGGAAGCGAGUUUGACGAGUUCAAGGCACAAUACGGUGACACGCUGGUCUGCGGGUUCGCACGGUUCGAGGGAAUGCAGGUGGGCAUUGUGGCCAACAAUGGUAUCCUGUAUUCUGAAUCGGCCCUUAAAGGGGCCCACUUCGUUGAAUUGUGUUCGCAACGCAAUGUUCCCUUGUUGUUUCUGCAGAACAUCACGGGAUUUAUGGUUGGAAAGGCGUAUGAGAGGGGCGGUAUCGCAAAGGACGGUGCGAAGCUUGUGACGGCGGUAUCGACAACGCAGGUUCCCAAGAUAACCAUUAUCAUUGGAGGGAGUUACGGUGCAGGCAAUUAUGGCAUGUGUGGUCGCGCCUUCGGCCCCCGGUUUCUGUUCAUGUGGCCCAAUGCAAGGAUCAGCGUCAUGGGUGGGAAUCAGGCCGCAACAGUGCUUGCACUCACAAACUCCCAAUUGAAACCCGACGCCGUAGAAGAUUUUAAGGCAGAGGUGAAGGCAAAAUACGAGAGGGAGGGAUCUUGCUAUUACAGCACGGCACGCUUGUGGGAUGAUGGCGUGAUCGCCCCAGAGGACACCCGUGCGGUGGUGACGCAGGCGCUGCGCGCAAUUCGCUCAGCGCCACAGCAAGAGACACGGUUUGGCAUAUUUCGUAUGUAA